AUGGCUCCUCGGGGGCCUGUAAAAGCUCGCGAAUAUGACUAUUCUAACGUUGGCAAGGCCGGUAGGCGUACCGGUAUUACGCUGAAAGAGGGCAAACGCGAUGAGCACGGGAUGGAAGAGAUAGAUGGGAUGUUUUCAUCGCCGGAGAAAUCCCCUGUCAGGCCUAACGGUUUCAACAAUGGCAACGAGACGAUAAUGGGUUCCGAGGGCAUGUCCAUGGAUGAAGGAAACGCUCCUGGACCUGCCGAUUUCCUUUCUCGGUCCAAUGGUCAGCGGGGGUCAUAUUUUCCUCCUCCUGUCGCGCGAUCACCUAUGAAAACCGGCCUCACCGGUUCACCUCGAAGAACACCAGGCGUGCGAUCGUCACCAGUGGUUCAGAGUGAUCAAACUUCCCCCAGUCCGUCCUCUGUGCGCCAGCGGAACAACAAGGAAUCCACGCGAUCUGAUCGCCGUCCUCUGAACGACCGUCGACCGAACACAGCUCCCGUCACGAAUGGUGUACGAGGCAAGGGUAAAGAAAAGGAGUCGGCAGUUGAACCAGAAGCUACCGCAGACUUUUCAGACAAUGAAAACAAUCUGGUGUACGGAGACGAAAAUCUAGGCGAUCAAACACAUGACGAUUUGACUGCUGGUGAGAAUGGAGAUCAAUAUGGCGACGAUACAGCCGAAUAUACUACCCGCACGGAAGACGUUGGGGCUCAAGAUGCUUCAGAGGAAGCAUCACCAUCAGUUGUAGCAGCUGAUACACGAAAAUCUCACCAAAAGAAGUCUGCUGCAGAUGUCGAUGGGAAGCGUGCCUCACAGAAAGUCGCCGAUGACACGCAAAACAAUGCGCCAAAGCGGAAGCGUCCGGGACGGCCUCCGAAAGCGCAAGCACAGGCUAAUGUAGACGAGGAGCCACUUGACCGACGACCUUCGAAGAAAGCGAAGUCCUCUAGAGCUGAUACCGGGAAUUCGACGACACAGUUGAAUCCGGAAUUGGAAAAAGUUGUUGAGAAUUAUGCCAAACGUACGGGUCCUCUCAAAGGUCGCAGCUUAUACAUUCUCAAACGUGAAACGCCAUCGGAUGAAAAAGUGGUGCACACCCGGUCUGGAAGAGUAUCAGUGAGACCUCUGGCAUAUUGGCGCAAUGAGCGAUGUGUCUAUGGCGACGGCGAGGCAGAAGUUGGAGAGCGAUUUCCUCUAUCCACCAUCAAGGAAAUCAUCCGAACGGAAGAGCUGCCGCCUGAGAAGAGGAGGACAGGGAAACGUAAAACGUCUAGUAAAAAGUCGAAAACAAGGAGAAGCAAAGAUGACGAAUCGGAGGAUGAGGAGGAAGACCACGCGGACCCCUGGGAAACCGAAGGUGGAGUCCUCCACGGGUACAUCAGGAAAUGGAAUCCGGAGACUCAGACGGCUACAGAUGAGGAGGAAGUGCUGGACAUUGCCUAUGCCCCAGCAGGCAUUGAAACCCGAGAUGUUAAGGACUCGACUUUCCGCUUUGCAAAGCUGCUCAGUUCUCCUUUCAUCGGAUCGGGGAUUGUCGAAAUUCCCCCUGGCGGGGUCAAGAAGCCGAAGAAUUCCAAGCGAAUGCACAUGGUCUUUUAUGUCUGCCACGGCCGAGUGCAGGUCGAUAUAUCAGGUGUCCAAUUCAGCGCCGGGAAAGGAUGUGUCUUCCAGGUUCCCAGAGAGGAGGAGACACUAACACAAAUCUCAAUCACAGGAAAUUACUAUAGUUUUGCGAAUGCCUAUCAAAGCGAUGCACGAUUGUUCUUCACGCAGGGGUGUGUUCCAACUGAGGCAGAAAAGGCGGAAAAGGCCGAUAAUUCUGCGAGUACGGCCUCCAAACCUGCUGCUUCUGAACAGGAAUCCUCUGCCGAAAAGUCUCAGACGAAAGGCAAGGGGCGAGGCAAAUCCAAGGCCUCUGAGAACAAGCGAUAA